UUUUUUUUUUUUUUUGGUUCGGCUCGUUCGAACAAUAAUCCAGAACGUCUCUUUCUUCCUCCUCCUUCGUUGAUCUCCGCUUUCAUCAUCAUCUCAUUAAUCCCCUCUUCCUCUUCCUCGCAUCUCCUUCUCCAUUUUCCCCCCUUUCUUCCUGAUCGCCAAUUUUUCUGUUGAAAGAAUUUCUUUCAGAUCUGCAAUCGGGGCUGAUUUUGAUCGUCAUCGUACUAAUCUCAUCAUCUUCUGCGUAGUCUUUGUUUCUAUCAGCAGCUAGUUUCAGUCCCCCGUCUCCGACAACUUCAUCUACUCUGGCAAGCAUGGGGUUCUGGCGGAGAAGAUAGCAGGGCAAAAGAGCCUUCGUAGAAAAACCAAGCCCAACUUUGCUUUCAACCCUAAUCGUGGAGACUGGUUCAUUCUACUGCGGAACUUCACCAAUUACCAGCAAAUUUCUGGAAGGGCUGAAAACUUAGGUUGAAGAAGAGAUGAUGCAGUUGCGGACAUAUGCCAGCCUUAGUCUGGUUGCCGCCCUGGCGGUUAUAUAUCAUGCAUUCAGCACAAGAGGCCAGUUUUAUCCAGCUAUGGUGUAUUUAUCCACCUCCAAGAUCAGUUUGGUGCUUCUUCUAAACAUGGGACUAGUAAUGAUGUGUAUUUUGUGGCAACUAACCAAGAAGGUCUUCCUUGGUACACUCCGGGAAGCUGAAGUGGAGAGGUUGAAUGAGCAAUCGUGGAGGGAGGUUAUGGAAAUCCUCUUUGCAAUCACAAUCUUCAGGCAGGAUUUUUCAGUGGGAUUCCUCGCUAUGGUUACAGCCUUGCUAUUAGUGAAGGCUUUGCAUUGGUUGGCUCAAAAGAGAGUUGAGUACAUUGAAACAACACCAUCUGUGCCGAUGAGGUCUCAAGUUCGGAUAGUGUCAUUUCUUGGGUUUCUUCUGCUGGUAGACAGCUUGUUCCUGUACAGCUCUAUAAAGUAUUUGAUAGACACUCGUCAAGCAUCAGUUUCUCUAUUCUUCGCGUUUGAGUAUAUGAUUCUGGCAACCACUACAGUCUCAACAUUUGUAAAAUACGUCUUCUAUGUGAGCGACAUGCUUAUGGAAGGACAAUGGGAAAGAAAGGCUGUUUACACCUUCUACUUAGAACUUAUCCGAGACUUACUUCACCUGUCGAUGUAUCUAUGCUUCUUUCUUGUGAUCUUCAUGAACUAUGGUGUGCCCCUGCACCUGAUUCGAGAACUUUAUGAGACGUUUAGGAAUUUCAAAAUUCGUGUUGCAGAUUACCUUCGUUACAGAAAGAUAGCUUCAAAUAUGAAUGAUAGGUUUCCAGAUGCAACACCUGAAGAGCUUAACGCAAGUGAUGCUACCUGCAUUAUUUGCCGUGAAGAGAUGACCACUGCCAAAAAGUUAAUUUGUGGACAUCUUUUCCAUGUUCAUUGUCUCCGUUCCUGGUUGGAGCGCCAGCAUACCUGUCCUACAUGCAGAGCGUUGGUUGUACCACCUGAAAAUGGUGCAACUACAUCUGGUGGCCAACCUGGGUCGUGGUCAAACACUAAUCAAAACUAUGCUCAUAUGUUGGGAAAUGUUGAAUUUUCAGCUGCAAACAGUGGUAGUGCUUAUGCACAAGGUUCUUCUGGUGAUGGUGCUGCUGAUGCUUUGAGCCGACAUCAGGCAAGACUCCAAGCAGCUGCCUCCGCCGCAGCUGUAUAUGAAAGAUCAUUUGUCUAUCCCUCUCCAAACACUCUAGUCUGGUCUCCUGGGUAUGCCCUAUUUCCUGAGGGAGAGAGACCUUCAGCCAACAACAUUUCAGCAGCGGGAGGAGAAGUAGGCGUGGAUGGACAAUCCCAGGCCCAAUUUCAAUUCCAUGCCGGGCCUUCAAACAUGCCUUCUCUGCCUCAAGGCCCCCCAGUCAUGUUCGUCCCAUUUCAAGCAGCAGGUGGUAGUAAUGUGAAUGUGCUGCAGAGCCAGCUCCAACUUCUGGAGAAGCCCGAAGCAGAGGUGGAAAAGAUGGUGUCAACAGACUCUGUGGCGACAUCGUCGUCGGACAGCAAAGGCAAGGGGGUCGUAUCGUCUUCUUCCUCGGCGCCGGAAUCUCAUGAGGACGGCAUCUAACCAUCCCUUCUUUCACGAGAGAAAUAGAGAAGGACAAAUCCUUUUUUACCGUUCUUGUUCAGUGUAUUAUAGGGAAUUAGGGAAGUGGGAAGGUAAUUUUCUUCUCGUUUCCUUUUUAACCAGCAGUUGAAGGACAAGGCUUGGGAAGUGGAAAAUGUAAGAAAUGGAAAAUUGAAAUGAAGCAGCUAAAAAUAACCGGUCCUUUUGUAUUUGACGUUAUCAAUGUGGACUUUUCAUGUGACGACUGUUGGCACGGUGCUCCCCGACACUUUUUAGCAUAUUCCUCGAGUUUAUUCCAUGGGUUCUUUCUCGAAUUUGAUCAUUG